CUUUCCUGUCAGUCCAGGAAGUGCACAUGUGAAGAGAGGAGAUGCAGCGUCUGACAGCGAGAGGAGCAUACUGACAGCACGAAACCCACAAAAAUACUCAAUUCAAUUGUGAAGGAGCUACGGGAAACUUCACUUGAAGAACUCUCGCACGAAAAGACAAAUGGACCGCUUCUCCAAGUGACUUAUUUUCAAAGGUGUUAUUCAUGUGCACACGUAGUGGGAACAUCACAGGGGAUGAGUGGCGAGUUUGGAAGAAGCAGAGAUGGGACACAGGGGAGUUUCAGGACAAGUACUGCGAAGCACCAGAACUCAGUGGCUAUUCGUGGAGAGGUAAAGAGACAUAAUGUGGCCAAAGCCCAGCUCAACAGACUCCAAAAACUGGUGGAAAAUGUGAGUGAUCAGCAACUGAAAGCCAACUUGAUGGUUUCUCUGAACUGCUUACAAGAAUGUGUUAUGAACAGUCAAGAAUGGACUCUUAGUCGCACUACACCUGAAAUACGAGUGGGUGUUGUGGGUAACAUUAAAAGUGGUAAAUCAGCCCUUGUACACCGAUUUGUUACAGGAUCCUACCUGGCAAUAGAAGCACCAGAAAGUGAUCAGUUUAAGAAGGAGAUUAGUGUGGAAGGGCAGAGCUACCUUCUGUUGAUCAGAGAAGAAGCUGGAGCACCAGAUGCCAAGUUUGCUAACUGGGUGGAUGGCGUCAUCUUUGUGUUCAGCCUGGAGAAUGAGGCAAGUUUUCAAGACAUGUUCCAGUACUAUGCUCUUUUGGCAAACUAUCGGAGUGUCUCAGACAUUGCUGUGGCCCUGGUGGGAACUCAAGAUAAAAUUAGCUCCAGCAAUCCAAGGGCUAUAGAAGAUGUGCGAGCCAGAGGUCUGUGUAAUGACAUGAAGCGGUGUAUGUACUAUGAAACCUGCGCCACUUAUGGGUUAAAUGUGGAUCGAGUGUUCAGUGAAGUUGCCCAGAAGGUACUAGCUCUAAAGCGGCAGCAACAGCUACUAUCAUGCAAAUCAUUACCCAGUUCACCAAGUCACUCUGGAGCCUCCCUUCCAUUAUCAGUACAGACCAGUAAUGGAGGACCGGGAAAUGACUACUCAUCCUCCUUACCUUCUACUCCGAAUAUUAGCCACAGAGAGCUUCGUAGUGAAGUGUCAAUUGGAAUCAGCACCCCAGGGUCUCUCCACCGUGGAGCUAAACGUCGCACAAGCCUUUUCCCAAACCGAAGAGGAAGUGACAUGGAGAAGAGAAGCUUUGACAGUCGAGGUGAAGUCAGUGGUAUUGGUCGAUCUUUGCCAAUUAAGCAGAGCUUCUUACUGAAACGUAGUGGCAAUUCUUUGAACAAGGAGUGGAAGAAGAAGUAUGUGACUCUGACCAGCAAUGGCAUGCUGCUCUACCAUCCUAGCAUUAAUGACUAUUUGCAUAGCACUCAUGGGAAGGAGAUGGAUCUGCUGAGAACAACAGUAAAGGUGCCAGGCAAGAGACCACCAAGAGCUAUUUCGGCAUGUGGCCCAUCAGCCAGCAUCAAUGGCUUAUUGAAAGACGUGAGCAGCCCACCGGUAAUAGAUGCACCCAGUACCAAGCCUCCAACGACAAAGAGCAGUUCUACUGGAGAUGUGAUUUCUAGUCCAUCUAGCAACAAGGAGCCCCCACCCUCUCCAAUGAGUGACAAAAAGAAGAAUAGGAAGAAGAAGAACAUAACUCCAUCAAAGACAGAGGGCUCAGCAGGCCAAGCAGAUGAAGAGAACUUUGAGUUUAUCAUUGUAUCUAGUACUGGUCAAACAUGGCACUUUGAGACCAGCAGCUUUGAAGAAAGGGAUUCUUGGGUUCAUGCUAUAGAGAGCCAGAUUCUUGCAAGUCUUCAGUGCUGCGAAAGCAGUAAGAAUAAGGCCCGCAUGGAUAGCCAAAGUGAAGCUGUAGCUAUUCAAGCUAUCCGGAAUUCUAAAGGGAAUAACUUCUGUGUAGACUGCAAUGCUCCAAAUCCCACCUGGGCUAGUUUAAACCUGGGAGCCCUGAUCUGCAUCGAAUGCUCAGGAAUCCAUCGGAACCUUGGUACUCAUCUGUCACGUGUGCGCUCCCUGGAUCUGGAUGAUUGGCCUCUUGAGCUGACACUCGUUCUAACUUCUAUUGGCAAUGAAAUGGCCAAUAGCAUCUGGGAGAUGACAACUCGGGGUCGAACUAAACCAAACCCUGACUCCUCAAGGGAGGAGAGAGAGUCAUGGAUAAGAGCAAAGUACGAGCAGCGGUUGUUUUUAGCUCCAUUAAAAAGCCCUGGUAUCCCAUUGGUGAAGCAGCUCUUCAAAGCAGUUCAAGACAAAAACCUUGCCAGUGUCUUACUUCUCCUUGCCCAUAGCAACAAGGAGCAGAUCAACAGUGCCACAGGAGACAGAGAAAGGCGUACCACUCUUCAUUUGAGCUGUGAGCUACCACAUGUGGUCAUCACACAACUGCUUGUCUGGUAUGGCAUUGACGUAAAGGCCAAGGACAUUAAUGGUCACACUGCCCUCUUCUAUGCUAGAAGAGCUGGAAGUCAAGAGUGUGUGGACAUCCUUCUCCAACAUGGGUGCCCCAAUGAGCCAACAAGUUCUAUGAGUACCCCUAUCCUUAGGAGAAAAAGCAGUUGUACCAGCAUUAUAAGAACUGAUUCCCGGACUGCCCUUGUAUAGCCAGCCAUAUCAUUCACUGGCAUAAGAAAGCUGGCAUUAGAUCAAUGACUGUUGCCAGUGGAAGCUUGUCUGGUUGUUCUUCCAUGCUAAUGUGUAAUUUGUCAUACAAAAAAAAAAAGCAAGAGUCCAAUGUAUAUACUGAUGGUGUAUGUAUAUUUUGAAAGAUGCAUUUGGAUUAAUGCCAGCCAUCUCAAUGAUAUUUCCCCAUUGUAAUGUUUUCAGCUUACCCCCCUCCACCCUUGUUGCUGUGAUCCAGCAUAGCAGUAUUCAAUGCCUUAAUUCUUUCAGAACUGAAAGAACAGUAAAACUGAACAGUCCCCUUUCUUCAAUGUUUACAGCAGGCAAUCCUAGCUAAACAUAUGCGCAAUGCACCAGUGUAACAGCCAGAUUCAGUGGUCAAGGUGGGCAUUUUUAUACAUCGUAGAUUACUGCUAUCUCUAAGAAUGUAUGAAUAGGUGCGGAGGAGAAAAAGCAAGGAACAUACUAUCUAAAUUCUUAGGCUCCUAAAGGUUUGCACUUUUAUAGAUGAAACAAAAAGAAAAUUAUGUAAUGUAAUACCGUGUAUCAUAGAUGAAGACCAAACUCAAAAAUAUUCCCACUUCUCCUUGAAGAGACCCAGUUGGUUAUGGAAACUUUUUUGCAGACAAUGCUCCAUGGGAGAGAAGAUUGCAGAUUAGCUCAUGUAAGUCAAACCAGAGACUUCUUCAAACUGAGGAGUGUCUUCAUUUUCGAGGACUCUGUGGUUUGCAUAUCCUAAACUAGUUUUCAGAAGAAAAUGAUUUAGGCCGACUCUGAUGGUCACAAUAGUAAUGGAAUCAUGAUCAUACAAUAAGACAUAAUUUUCCACCCCACACGACUCCACAUAUUUUGUAGCCAUCCGCUAGAUAAUUACCGAAAAUGCACUUGUGAAUAUAUCAUUUUAUUCCCUAUGUGCCAUGAUAUAAAGACUCUACAAAUACUUUAUGUGAAGGACGUUUAUUUUGCCAUGGAUUUCAUAUAAAUUCUUGAGUAAAAAACAAUGUGUGCCUCCUAAUAAAAUCAGAGGCAAAAAAAGGUACAGUCAGAGGUGUAACUUGAAGCUAUUGAGCCACAAUACAAAAUCUGCAACAAGACCCCCCACCUGCCAUGUGCCAUUUAUAACACUUGGGAUCCUUCGGCACGAGGGUGUGAAAUCAACUGCUACGGUACUUCUGCACCCCCAUAUAGAUACAUCACUGGGUACAGUUAGGAUCCAUAGCAGGCCAGGGGUACCCCAUUAUAGACUGUAUUACAUGCAUCCCUAAUAUGACAAUGUGCUUUGGCUUUAUACAAUGAAAUUAUGGAUUAUGUCAGUAAACAGUAACUAAACUUUUAAUCAAGUAUUUUUAAAAUGUCCCAAAUGCCCUAAAAAUAAAUUGCCAGGAUUAUCUGGGAGGAGCGGCUCCUGCCUGUGCCUGCUUUACUAAGCUAAGAGCUGACAUGCAGGACAUUUAGCUUUGCGAAGCAGGCACAGGCAGGAGCCCACUACGCUCAGCUAGUCUAUCUUUAGUAAAAAGUCAAAAUCAAUAAAUUAAGUGUAUUAGAAAAUAAUAUUUUUAGGCAAUUUGGAACAUUAAAAAAAAAACUUGCUUAAAAGUUUAGUUACUCUUUAAUGUCCAAUAUUGUACUCCCAUUAAGAACGUCAAAAUUGUAGCAAGUAUCAAUGCCUAAGGUGCUCACAUUAUUUAGACUGAAUUGCACUUCUCUGGUGGUGCAUCAUCUCCAAUGAAGACAAAGGAUUGGAAAUGCUGAAAUUCAACAUUCCUGAUCCUCUUUUCUCACCAACAUCGGUCGAAUAUCUAAUGUACAUUACAUGGUUAGUUGGUCAGUUCCACCUCAAUCGACAUGUUCACCUGACCUUAAUCUACUGUGUAUGGCCACCUUGACAGACUAUAUCAAUUGAAGGCCACAGAAGAAUACUGAAGACAGCAUGUGGUCUGUAGGCCAGAUGUAGACUUCUGCAUGAGCAUACUGUAAAUACCAUGAUGGCUGAACCAUAGUCAUGGUUACAGUAUCCCUUAGAUAGGCAUAGUGUCUGCAAGUUACCAAUAGAGCUGACACCUAUAGUGCCAAAACGUGCAAAAGGCUGACGUGAGAGUGUCAAGGGUCUGUCCCUUUAUUGUGUAGCCCUGCACAUUUGAAAGGUCAUUGAGCAUUGUUAUGUUACGUAUUUAUCCUAGAGACAAGUUCUAACUAAAAAUCUUGGAAGAAAUUAGCAACAAAGGAAUUCUUGACCAAAUUCUACAUUUUUCCAUUUUGGUUUUAUUCAUAGAUUGACACGUUGCUUUCUGGAGCUUCUGUCAAUACAAGUAGUACUGUACAUAUUAGAGGGGUUUGUACAAUUGCCACUGCCACUGCCAGUGCUACUUUCACACUAGCGUUUUGGCUUUCCGUUUGUGAGAUCCGUUCAGGGCUCUCACAAGCGGUCCAAAACUGAUCAGUUUUGCCCUUAUGG